AUGGCUCAACAGACCAUCACUGGAAUCAUACCAAAGUGGUCGCAAAUUGACAGCAAGGUCUGUUCGAACAUCAUCCAAUGUCAGGACCCCUGUGUCGUUCAAGCCGAUCCAGACAUUGCAGGCAUCGGUGUACGUGUUGCUACUUAUACGCAAACGAUAUGUAAUGUUUUAUACUUAGGGUUCGUCUCGAGUGCAGACCGCACCACCGCAACCUACGGAAGUCUUAUUCUCACAUCCCUCGCCACGAUCUUCUCCUCCCAAACGCAGCUGUCUCUCUACCACGCCACCCUCGCCAUCUCCCUCCUCAACAUCACCAUGCUCCCCACGCACGUGCUCGAGUCCUGGCGCGUCCGCUCGCCCGGCAUCUUUCUCGCGCAGCAGCUUAGACUCAUAAUGUAUUUCGGCAUCUGGCUCUGGAUCGUCUUCCAGAUGCCGUGUCUAGGGAGUGAAUCCCAGUGUAACCUAUGCACACGAACCAGCUUUCUCGGCUUCCGCGGACACAUCACCAGGUCUCUCAACCGGUCUUGGAUUCUCGCCCUUGUGCUCGUCGCGGGAUACUUCGCUCUCAGAACACACGUAUGGUUCUAUGGGCCCGCGCACGCCUGGGGCUCGGUGCCUGCGUUGAUAUCUACGAGGCGGAAACAGGCAUGGACCGCAUACAUCGACACAACACAGGAGAGCAUUCAAAACUAUCGCGUGGCAGACACGCAGCGGAUCCGAGCUAGAAACCCCCGGGCGAUCCCCGCCAUCAACUCGCGGGCGGGGAUCAAGGCGCCGACGAGCGCGGAGACAUCUUCUUGGGCAUCAAGAGUCUACCACGACGCUCUCCUCGCCAUUCGUGUCCCGCGCUACCAACGAGCCAUCAUUUCUCUGUUUCUAGCGUGCAUCUUGAUCCUCGACACUGAGAAGACGGUUGCGUUGAACCUCGCUGCGUCCCGCAACCAGUGGGGAUAA